AUGUCGGCAUCAGAUAGAACGCUCAUUGCGUUGAUUGCUGAUGAGGAUUCAACCACAGGCCUCCUCCUAGCAGGAAUAGGCAACGUCGAUUCAGACGGGACCAAAAACUUUCUCAUCUGCGACAACAAAACUUCGGUCUCCGACAUCGAAUCCUCAUUCAACCAUUUCACCAACGAAAGAAAAGAUAUUGCAAUUCUCCUCAUCAACCAGCACAUUGCGGAGAAGAUCAGACCAAUGGUGGAUAAGUAUACCCAAGCUUUCCCUGCACUUUUGGAGAUUCCGAGUAAAGAUCAUCCCUACGAUCCUAGUAAAGAUUCGGUACUGAAACGGGUUCAGAAGCUCUUCGGAGAGUAA